AUGCCCCAGAGUCCUUCUGCCCAUUCCAAGGCCAGCUCUGACGACUGUUCGAAUCGUUUGUCGGAGGCGGCGCUCAGGAAGAAGAAGAAUGCCGAUGCACAGGCCGCCUUUCGAGCUCGACGCGCGAACUACAUUGCUACCCUGGAAGAGACAGUCACGAACCUCGAGUCUGUUGUCCUUCAACUCCAAGACACCUACAAGCAGACGAAGAAUGAGAAUGCUGAGUUGCGCUCGGAGAAUGCUCAAUUGCGGCAUGCGAUGAAGCAGCGCGACCGGGCGUUGAGGAGGAUAUACCAGGGCCGACCCGCGCCCAAUACCGUAUCUCCUACCGAUGAAUUCCCCCCUGCCCCUCCAUAUUCUGCUCAUGCUCCAUCGGCCAUGGUCCAAGGCGCCAUGCCCGCUGCCCAUGUCGCUCAGUACGCGGACAAUGUCAUGCGCUACCAGACGGGUCCCGAUUCGAACGUAUCUAUGGCUGGACCGUUCCACCCUGACUAUCCACAGCGCUCGCCGGCAAUGGCAUUUGCUAGCGGCAUCGACACAUCCACUCCGCCUGACAGUCACGCCCAACCGAUGGAUCCGCACAGGAUGCCAAGAUACGACCAAUAUGGUUACCCCAUGGAUGACUGUAAUCGCGAAGGGACGUGGGUUACCGAUGACCAGGGCGGCCCCUCUCCCAGCGACGUGCUCGACAGCAGCAGCUCGUCGCACUCGCCCAACUUCGUUGAAUCGCCUACGCUAACGACAUCAGACCUUGCCUACCCCCAAUACCCCCUCGACGACCAGAAGGUCAAUCUUGCUUCGCUCAACUCUGCUCCUUAUAUGUAUCCCUCCAGUCGAUCAAUAUCGCCUACUAUAUCCACACCGACAUCUACUUCAUCUACAUCUCUCGCUCCUUCUCCGUUUCCAUUUACAUUCCCUGAGGCAUCCAUGAUUCAGGAGCGGCCCGAGUUUGGCUACCGCCGGCCGCAGCCUGCUCCCCAACUUACCUUACACGGAGGCACCGCUGACAUCUCGAUAGCGGCGUCGAGUCGUGGCGCCGCACGAUACCGGACGACCCGAUCCGACCCUCUCACGCAACCACCUAUGGCCCAAGCUUUAUCUACAUAUUCCCGCCUGGACAACAGUUCCGGCGGACGUGACAGCGACGACAGUGAAGCUGCCUCAUACACAUACUCCAACCGCUCCCGGCCCCGCAGCGACAUCGCGUCAGCUCGCCCCUCACGCUCACCGUCACCAGGUCCUCCGCCCAUAUGCGGAACAUUGGCCGUAAUCAAAGCUCAAGCAUUUGGUGCUCUGCGCCGGACAAGGGCAAGAAGUAGAAAGACAUCUGAAGGUGCGGCGAAGGCAGCCGUGGAGGCGUUGGAGGCGAGAGGUAUUGGUAUGGGUAUUGGUACGACCUCAAAGCGCCCUCGCUUGCUUGUUGACGACGAUGAAUUGCAGACAUGAAUACCACUCCUUAGACUUCCUUGCACUCUGUACUAACCACACGCUUUCUAGUAUCUGGGACACCGCUACCGUAGACUACACCCAUGCAUCGCACUAUUACUUAUUCGCUAUCGCUCUCCUCCAGUCUGUGUAGCUUGUGUAUGAUACCACUUGGCUGUAGUAUACCGCAAA